AUGACGACAGGAAACCCUCCCCUACAAACAUUCAGUUGCCAUUGUACAUCUGUAAACAGCACUGGUGGUACUCUGGUCAGCUCCCACCCUUUCAUUCAUCCAUCCUUGCUUCAUUGUUUCCUCCAUCCUUCCUUAGUCCCUACCUUGCUUCUUUUUGAAGCUCCUUACUUCAUUUUUCUUUCGGGGUUUUACAUCAGAUUGUGUGACAUUUUUAAACGUCUUCCCCUCAGUGCUGCUCAGAGCCCGUCCACGUUGGAGUCCAGACUGAAGGGCCUGGAGUGCCACUUCACCUGGGACCUGGAUUCCAGCCCUUCCAGACUGAUCCGUAGCAGGGACGAGCUGGAAGACAUCGGCACCGACGAGGGAAAUCUCUGGCUGGGUCAUGUUUACAACCUGCAGGGUUUCAUCUGCUAUAAGCUUGGUGAUGAAGAAAAGGCCCGGCGUUUCCUCAGCCAGGCCACUGAAGCCUUCCGACGGCUGAAGAACACGGAUGAAGGUCCCUGGUUGGUGGUGAAUUUCGGGAAUCUGGCCUGGCUGCACCACCUUCUGGGAGAAGACAAACAGAGUGAGGAUUACCUGUCAAAGGUUGACGCCCUGCUGAGGGAACACCCGUCUCCAUCCCAGGAUGAGCUCCACCCGGAGAUCUGCGCAGAGAAGGCCUGGACCCUGAUGAAGUUUGACAAAGACAAGAAGCAGCUGGCUGCAGAUUACUUCCAGAAGGCAAUCGAGAUGCAGCCGGACAUGGUGCACUGGCGGACCAGCCGCGUGAUUGGGAGGGUGAGCGCUCAGAAGCACAGUGACACAGACCUGGAUCAGGACAUCUGGGAGGAGAUGGGAGAGGCCAGAGAGCAGGAUCCAGAUGACUCGUACCUCGCUGCCGUGGAGCUGCUCAUAAAAGCAAAGAAAGGAGAGCAAGUCAACGAUGAAGCUCAUGAGCUGGAGGAAAAGAUUAUACUGAAUCCUGUCAGCAGUUACAGCGGGAUCAAGGUCUUGCUCAGGGUGUACAGACAGCUGGACGACAUCGACCAAGCCAUCAAUUUGGCAGAGAAGGUCCUAAAGGACUAUCCUGAUAAUCGAUACCUGAAGAGGUGCGCCGCACUCUGCUACAAAUGGAGAAUCGUUUUCUUCAGGGACGGUCGUCCAAACCCAUCUAGAAGCAUGAUGGAACGAGCCAUCAGCCUGCAUGAGCAGAUGAUUCCUCUUUACCCCGAUUCUGCCCUCAUGAAGAAGCUCGACCUCGCAAACUUACAUGCAAAAGCAAGCGGGGGCCUACAGAAGGCAGAUCGUAUUUACCAGGAGCUGCUGAGGCUGGACCUGGAACCUGCAGACAAGCAGCUGGUCUACAACAGCUACGCUAAAUACUUAAACUUCGAGCGGCGAGACUGGGACAGGUCAAUCACCUACCACAUGAAGACAGCAGAGAUCCGUCUGGAGUCCCACGCCAAGCAGAACAGCAUCCGAGCGCUGAAGAAGAUCAGCGAGCGAGGCAGGAACAAGAGGUGUAGAGAAAUCCAGAUGUUCCUGGAAACACUGCCGGAGGACCAGCUGGAGUGAGCGUUCAACAACAGCUGGACAACAAAGUGUAUUCCUCAUAACUGCAAAUACUCGUUAACAGCUGAGUUUAACUGAUGUUUAGACGAGAGAAAAGAGAUUUGGCUUUUUAAUUCACCUGCUACCAGAAAAUGUACGUUACUGCAUAAAAGUAUGUUUCAGUGUGAUGUAAUCAUGUUUGUAUAAACUCACGAGUCACAGCUUGUUUCUUUGAUAAUUUGAUUGCACCUGGGAACCAGUGGGCGGGAUUGGUCCCAAUCAAGGCUCCAACUAAGGGAGGGCCAAGUCUAAACCACGGUAAACCUUGUGUAAGUUUGCUUUGAAUCUCCAAUAAGAAAACCUAACUGAGAGAAGUUGUCUGUCUUUAUUUCUAGCACCUUC